AACAGUUUAAAGAAUAAAUUUCAUUAUCUGUUCAUAUGGUCCCUUUUUAAAGAUUUCGUUUAUUUUUAUCAUAGAAAAUAAAGAAUUGAAAAGUGCGAUAUUUGCCAUUACUUAUCAGAAAAAUUAUUUGAAUAAACUCGAGAUUCAAAAUGGGAUCCAACAUGGCGCUCUCCUUGAAAGAAUUAGCAUCUCUUUUAAGUGUGCUGUCAGAAGAUACUACCCAGACACAGGCCUUUGAGUCAAUAGCCACAAGUUUUCAUCAUUACUUCCAGAAACAGGACCAUUUUAAAGUUGGAAGUGCAUUGGUCUUGUUGCUCCAGAACAGAGAUCUUCUCCCUCACCCAACACAAAAACUAGCAGCCAUCUUCCUCUUGUAUGAAAUGUACAGAAUUGAUCAACCAAUUGCAGCCAACCCCUUUGCUUCAGUUUUUGUUCAUCUUUUGAACCCACCAACAGAAAACCAGGAUGAAGGUCAGUACAAUCUACACUGGGCAAUACCAGCUAUCUCACCUGCAGAGAAAUAUUUCCUCUCACAACUUAUAUCAAGUCCCACUAAAGAGAUGUUCAAGAAAACACCAACACAGAUCAUUCAGAUGGAUGUAGGAAAUAUGCAGAACUUUGAUGUGAGUGGUCUUAUGUUGGCAUUGACAGAGAGACAUUCAGAGAUGCCGGCAACUGACAAGUCAGCGAUGCCGGUUGUUGUACCGGAUCCUGACAAUAAACCUACCACAUUUGAGCAGUUUGGUAAACCAGGUGUGAUAAAUCCCGAUGUACAGAGACAGUGUAUAGAAGCUUUACUGACGUCAAAUAAACCACCUGUAGAGAAUUGUAUGAGACCAGAGUUUAUACGUCUAGCACCACCAUUACAUAUAGCUGAAGAUGAGUUAGCUUGGUUAAACCCAACUGAUGUAGAGUACAAUAUAGCCUGGGAUACAACAAUGUGUGAUAGUAGUUCUGUGGGGACUGAGGUCAGACGUCUGAUGACCAAAGCAUUUAAGGGACCAUUGACCCCACCUCAACAACAACAGCUCCUUGUAGAAUUAGAAAAAGACCCGAAAUUAGUUUAUCACAUAGGGCUUACACCAGCAAAGUUACCAGACCUGGUGGAAAAUAAUCCAAUAGUUGCAAUAGACGUUCUACUCAAACUGAUGCAGUCAAAUCAAAUUACAGAGUAUUUUUCAGUACUUGUCAACAUGGAAAUGUCAUUACAUUCAAUGGAAGUUGUAAACAGAUUAACAACAGCUGUUGAGUUACCAUCAGAAUUUAUUCAUCUAUAUAUAUCAAACUGUAUAACAACAUGUGAGACAAUAAAGGACAGAUACAUGCAGAACAGACUUGUGCGACUAGUUUGUGUAUUUCUACAAUCUCUCAUUAGAAACAAAAUUAUUGAUGUUAAGGACAUAUUUAUCGAGGUUCAAGCAUUUUGUAUAGAGUUCAGUAGGAUACGUGAAGCAGCAGGCUUAUUUAGACUUCUUAAAUCAUUGGAUAGUGAGGACCCUAAAGCCGUGGGUCAGGUGAAAACUUCAUAAACAACUGUGAAAAUAUUACAGAAUCUUGGAUGUAAAAAUUUUGAAUAAAGUGUUGUAGUUGACAUGGUGAGAGCAUAUUUGGAGAGGAGCAUGAUUUACCAGAUCUGAUCUUAAGAAGGGGUUUGAGCAAAGUUCACAAUCUGGAGCCACACUCAGCAAAAAGUGUUAAGAACCAUUUUUGAAGUGAAUGUUUAAGAAUUUUUUUAGGCAUAUAGCUUUUUAUUGGUUCAAUGUAUGAGCCUCGUGUUGAAAGCUUUAUAUAAAUAGCAUGGUAGCCACUCUUCUGACAUAAAAAAAAAGUGAUAUAGAAUAGUGUGAUAGCAAUCUUUUAAUGUUGCUUUAUGUGAUGUUGAUUUAAGAUCUGUACCGUGUGUGCUUACAGGAAUUAUGAGUACUUGACAAAUGUUGCCAUAGAAAUGUGAUUUCACAAUGACAAGUGAGAGAUGUUUAUAAUUUACUGUUAUUAUAAUCUUGAAGAUAAUGAAAUGAAAAAGAAAAAAGUAUAGGAUGCUGAAUUAACUUGAAAGAAUUUACUUGAAGAUAUGCAACUCCAGAUGAGUUAAGAAUAAUUUGAAAAAAUGAAAGUUGAAUCAAAACAACAGUUUGCAUGUUUGAAGCAGACUUUAUAAUUUUAUCACUGUAUUUUUACUGUGUUGUAAUAUAGUAAGGUCUGCAUAUUGUUGCCUGUUCUAGGUUUCUGUGGAUAGUGUCUUUGGCUUCAUUAUCACACACAUUAUUUCAACAUAACUUUUUGAACAUAUUUUUAAAUAUGCAUGAAAUUUAACACAAAGCUUGAGUUGUGCAGUGCUGCUAGUUGUUUAUCUUCCAAAUAGACACUGAAUAAAAGUUACUGUUUUUUUAUGUAAACCAAUAAGAAAAAUUGGAAAGUGAACAAAAUUUAUUUCCAUAACAUGUAAUUAUAAAACACAAAUGCACUUAAUGUCAUACAUGUAUUGUGAUAACUUACUUUACAACAGAUUUUUAAAGCUCCUACAGGUAUUUGUAUUUUUUUCUGUAUCAAAAGUAUGUUGUUACUGGACAUCAAAUGCAAAAAUUUUAGUUCUUAUAAACAGCAUGUUAUUCAUAAGCCUGUCCCAUUGUCUUUUCAUGCUUGAGGUUCUUUGAAAAUUUGGCCGCUAUCCCAAACAGUUAGAUAUAAGCAUUGUUUACCAACGGGUAAGAUUUGAAUGGUUUUACGAAGCUAUGAGCAUGACAAAUGUUAUUCCACCUGCUAAUAAGCAUAUUACGGCUUAGUAGUGGUUAUUGAAAUGCCGGGGUAUUUCCCAAUGAUUUUGUAAAUUUAUAAUUAAAAUCCAAUGAUGUUUUUAUUGUCUCCCUUUGUCACAAUAUCUUUGGCUUGCAUUUUUGUAUUUUAUGUAAUUUACCUACCAUAAAUACAUAUAGAGGCUUUAAAGGCUAUGUACUAUCUGGAAUGCCUUUUGACAACAAAGCUGUUCUGUUUUAAAAUUUGAAACUUUAGGGUUUUUAAAAGUUUAUUUAUGGUGCAAUUGUAUGUUAGACAUGUCAUGUUGUUUAUUAUUGACUGUAUGUUCAAGAUCGUUUAGCAGGUUGUUUUUUUUUAUGCCCCCACAAUGUGGGAGCAUAUAGCGUUGCACUUGUCCGUUUGUCUGUCUGUUCGUCCGUCCCGAAAUCUUGUGAGCGCAACUCCUCUUAAACCAGAUGGCAGAUUUUGCUUAAACUUACAGGGAUGAACAACCUUAAUGUGUAGAUGGUAGUAAAGGAAGUAAUCUUUGCUGCGACCAAAUUUAACAGAAUUAUGGUCCUUUGUUGAUUUUUUCACUAUAUACUUUGUAGAAAUUUUGUGAACGCAACUCCUCUUAAAGCGGAUGGCAGAUUUUGCUUAAACUUCCAGCGAUUAACAACCUUAAUGUGUAGAUGGUAGUAAAGGAAGGAAUUUUUGCUCUGACCAAAUUUAACAGAAUAAUGGCCCUUUGUUGAUUUUUAGUUUUCAACUUGUGGCACAUGUAGUCCAAAAAAUAUUUGACCUAGAGUCAUAAGAUUGACAGAACAGUGGCGUGUGGGGGCAUCCGUGUCCUAUGGACACAUUCUAGUUUAUUAAAGCAUUCCCCUUAUUUCUGGAGUAAUACUGUAUAAUGUACCAUGUUGACUGUUCUAAAAAUUCAACUAGUUAUUGUGUUGUCAUAGUAAUAUUAUAAGAAUCUUACACUGGCUGCUGGUACAGACCGGAAUAUCUAUAAAUCCGGAAUAUAAACAGUUACCCGAGAGCUAAAUAUUCCUGUCUGCGACGACAGCUGGUGUUUGAUUUUUUUUUCUUGCAUAUUACAUUAUCAAUUAUUUUCAGAACAGAAAUAACGAAAACCGAUAUUCUCAUUACGCACUUUUAAGCUCACUUGAGCUUGCUCAGGAUGAGCUUUUAGGAUCAGUGAAUGUCCGUCUGUCCGUGGUACGUCCACAAUUGCUUGUGAACACUCUAGCGUUCGCAUUUUUGCCUCAAUCAUCAUCAAACUUGGUCAGGAUGCUUAUCUAGUUGAAAGCUCGGAUGAGUGCGAACAUGGCUCAUCUCGGAUGAAAAACUAGGUCACAAGAGCUAAAAAUAGAAAAACCUUGUGAACACUCUAGAGGUCACAUUUUUGAACCAAUCUUCAUCAAACUUUGUCAGAUUGCUUGUCUAGUCAAUUGCUUGGAUGAGUUCGAACAUGGGUCAUCUCUGAUGAAAAACUAGGUCACAGGAGCUAAAAAUAGAAAAACCUUGUGAACACUCUAGUGGUCACAUUUUUGACCCAAUCAUCAUCAAACUUUGUCAGGAUGCUUGUUUAGAUAAUAGCUCGGAUGAGUUUGAAUAUGGGUCAUCUCGGAUGAAAAACUAGGUCACCAGAGCUAUAAAUAGAAAAACCUUGUUAACACUCUAGCGGUCACAUUUUUGCAUCAAUCAUCAUCAAACUUGGUCAAGAUGCUUGUCUAGGUGAUAGCUCGGAUGAGUUCGAACAUGGGUCAUCUCGGAUGAAAAAGUAGGUCACCGGAGCUAAAAAUAGAAAAACCUUGUUAACACUCUAGCGGUCACAUUUUUGCAUCAGUCAUCAUCAAACUUUGUCAAGAUGUUUGUCUAGGUGAUAGCUCGGAUGAGUUUGAACAUGGGUCAUCUCGGAUGAAAAAGUAGGUCACCGGAGCUAAAAAUAGAAAAACCUUGUUAACACUCUAGCGGUCACAUUUUUGCAUCAAUCAUCAUCAAACUUGAUCAAGAUGCUUGUCUAGGUGAUAGCUCGGAUGAGUUUGAACAUGGGUCAUCUCGGAUGAAAAAGUAGGUCACCGGAGCUAAAAAUAGAAAAACCUUGUUAACACUCUAGCGGUCACAUUUUUGCAUCAAUCAUCAUCAAACUUGAUCAAGAUGCUUGUCUAGGUGAUAGCUCGGAUGAGUUUGAACAUGGGUCAUCUCGGAUGAAAAAGUAGGUCACCAGAGCUAAAAAUAGAAAAACCUAGGUCACAAUUUUGACUCAAUUGUCAUCAAACUUGGUCAGGAAACUUGUCUAGGUCAUUGCUGGGAAUAAAUCGAACAUGGGACAUCUCGGAUGAAAAACUAGGUCACAGGAGCUAAAAAUAGAAAAAUCUUGUUAACACUCUAGUGGCUACUGUUGUGAUCCAAAUAUUUUGUUAAUUGGUCUGAAAGUUUGUUUUGAUGAUUCCUAAGUCAAGAUCGAACAUGGGUCAUCUUGGAUGAAAAACUAGGUCACACCGCCCAAAUAUGGGAAAAACCUUGUUAACAUUCUAGUCACAUUUUCGACUCAAUUAUCAUCAAACUUGGUCAGGAUGCUUGUCUAGGUAACUGCUUGGAUGAGUUCGAAAUCGCAUGUGAAACUAGGUCACCGGAGCUAAAAAUAGAAAAAUCUUGUUAACACUCUAGUUGCUACUGUUUUGAUCCAAUUAUCCUGGAAAUUGGUCUGAAAGUUUGUUUUGAUGAUUUCUAGGUCAAGUUUGAAUAUGUGUCACCUGGGUAAAAAACUAGGUCGCACUGCUCAAAUAUGGAUAAUCCUUGUUAACACUGUAGUGGUCACAUUUUUGACCCACCUGUCAUGAGACUUGGUCAGACUGCUUGUCUAGGUAAUUGUUUGGAUGAGUUUGAUAAGUCAGGUGAGCGAUCUAGGGCCAUCAUGGCCCUCUUGUUUCUUAUAGUAGCGUAUGAACGUACAACUCCAUUCAUAACGGUUAAGUGACGUCAUCCUAACAUAAAAGGCGCGCAGCAAUGACGUCAUUUUAAAGCAUACAUGGGGGGUGUAAGACAGGGUUUUCUAGCACCGGUGUAAACGGUAGAUAAUCCUGUCUGAUAUGCAAGAAAUAUGGAUCUUACACCAGCUGCCAGUACAAAUUGGAAUAUCUUGCUUGAGUGUAAUUGUUUACAGCAGUAACAAGACUCUGCUGAGUUUCCGCAAAUAACGGCCUCCGUGGUCGAGGGGUUAGAGGCGAUGACUUCUAAUCCAGUUAACUCUCUGGCAUGGGUUCGAUCCCCGGGAGAUGCUUUGGUAGUUUAGCACGGUGGAAGGUAGUCUACUACUGGUGUAACUCACCAGGAACAAUGGUUAGGAAACUACCCGCCUAUAUGACUGAAAUACUGUUGGGGAAAAGGCUUAAAUUGAAACAAACAAUCAGUUCCCGCUAAACAGUUAUCUGAGAAUGACGUUAUUAACAGAACGCGACUUGUCUUACAUGGGGGAUGUAAGACUGGUUUGGCUAGCACUUGUGUAAACGGUAGAUAGUCUGAUAUGCAAGAAUAUCAAAUGUUUCAGUAGAAAUAGGAGUUUUUACUCUGUCGGGCACACUUAAAAGCAUGUUGUUGUGUUAUAUUCAAGUUCAUUGAAUAAUUGAACUAAAUCAUGUUUAAUAAAAAAGAUGUUGAAAUAACAUUAGAUGUAAAAAGCAUGUUGUUGUGUUAUAUAGAAUUAAAUUAUGUUCAAUAAAAAAGAUGUUACUAUAAAAUAAGAAUGUGGAGAAAUUUUUUGAAAAAAUGUUUGACUUGUUAAGAAAUACAAUAUUAUAUAUUAUGAGGUCUCUAAGAUUAAUAAAAAUAUAUAAACAUU